AUGGGAAAUGUGAAAAAGUUCUUAAAGUACAGUUUCUUCCUUGGCACGGGAUUAGCUAUCCUCUGCCUUGUUCUAAUAACACAGUUCUCAGGCUACCGACAUGAAACGAAGAAAUUCAAGCAAAUUUUAAUCACCAUAAUUAUUGGGCAAUUUUUACGUUUCCUGCUGUGGGACCACGUUGAGGCUGUCAUCACCGCACUGUAUGAAACAACCUUUAAGAAAAAUUACAAUAAAACAUAUCCGCUACCCCAAGAAAAUAUGGAAUGGAAAAUGAAUCCCUUGGAAUAUUUAAAAUUGCGUUUGAAAUCUUCGAAAGCUGAUUUCUAUUUACCUGAGGAACACAAAAAUGAAUCUUUGAAUCUGGAAUAUUACCAUUUGACAAAGGAUUUGUGGUUAUUUGGAAGAUAUUUUUUCGUAUUACUUCUCAUGAUUGUCUAUUCCCGCUAUUCGAUGGCGUAUUAUAAUACCAAGCUAAUGAAAACAAUCUUCUUGGAGAAUCGCCUUGGUGCCAUGGGGGUGCAACAAAUGCGUACCCUUGAGGAUUUAUAUGAAGUAUUGAAUGUAACCAUGUCCGGUGCCCUUUGCCAGGGCGUGGAUUAUAGAGGUAUACCAUUGGCGGAAUAUGGUUGGAUGGAUUUUGAAAUUGCUAAGCUGUUGGGAGUGGUACGCAUUCAACAAAUACGCGUAAGGGAUAAAACGAAUGGCAUGCGGGAUUUAAAAGUUUACCAAGGCGAUUAUUUACCCCAAUGGAAGCCAUUGGAUCGAAGUUAUUAUUAUGUGGAUAAAUUCUGGAGAAUUUAUUAUCCCUGGAUGAGGAAAACUUCUAAACAUAUGGUCAAUUGGUUAUUUGCCUUGACACAUAUUGGUUCUUUGUAUGGCCCCUAUUCGGAAGAUAAUGCCUAUGUCGCCUUUUUGGCAAGAGAUUCUACAAAUAAUGCCAAAAUUUUGAAAUUUCUGAAGGAGAAUUCCUGGUUGGAUGAUCGCACGUUGAUGGUUCUCAUUGAUUUUACUCUAUACAGUGCAGAUGGCAACAUUUUUAGUUUGAUAUCCUUAAUGGCGGAACAAACACCCUUUGGUGGGGUAAUUUGGAACUUCAAGGUGCAAUCUGUGGCCUUGUUAACAAAUGUGGAUCAAUUAUCUUGCUGGUGGUGUUUGCUGAUAAUUAUUUACACUUUACAAUUGAUUGAAUUUUCAAACGUCCUUUUUUUGAAAUGGUGGUGGUGUACGGAAGAGGGAGUUGGCGGAUUUUUUCACUCUUCAUGGAAUUGUGUGGAUCUCGUAAUAAUCUUAUUAAACGUUAUUAUAACCGCAUUACUACUCAUCCGCGAAUUUUUGGUAAAAGCUUUGCUUCUGGCCCUCAUAUCUUCCCACAAAUUGGAACAUCUUGAUUUCCGCCAUGCCAAUUUGGUGGAUUACAUGGCCACCGUGGCAAUAGGAUUUUUGGUGGCCCUAACCACUUUAAGGCUUUGGAAAAUUUUACAAUUUGCCAGUGUAUUCCGUCUAUUCACCAGGACCCUAUACUCUGCUGCCGGUAGCUUAAUUACCACCCUGUUGGGUAUUCACAUCUUCCUCUUUGCCAUUGGCUUUGCUGCCGAAAUUGUGAAUGGCAGUCAGGCGGAAGCAUUUUCCCGCUAUCUCAAAAGUUUAACCUCAAUUAUGAGUUUUUCAUUUGGUUUCAAUUCCCAUACCCGUCCCGAAGAUCUAUCGCAUGGUGGUAACAUAUUGGGUUUUAUCAUAUAUCUCAUCCUGAUGUUUGUGGUUGCCAUAUUUUUAAUAAAUAUGUUUAUCACACUCAUCUGCGAUCAUUUGGCUGCCGCCCGAGAGGAGAGAGAUAAUCAAAAGAGGGAAUAUCGUUUAUCCUAUUGGGAAUAUUUGAAAAUGGAAUUUCAACUAGAAGAGACAUAUGAAACUUCGACGGAAGUCUUGGAGAAGUUGGAUGAUAUCUAUGAGGCCGAUAGGUUGAAAGCACAACGUAUCCGAAAUGUGCAAAAUAUUUUGAAAUUACAAAUGGAUAUUUUGAAACGUGUAAUUGAUGUGAACUAUUUGGAAUGGGAAUCGGAUGAAGAGGAGGAAAGGAAAUAA